AUGAGGAUUGAUGUUCAGUUAUCAAGGAAGCAUUUGAGAGGGGCAUCACCUUCUUUGAUACUUCAUAUAUUUAUGGCCAAAAUCAUGAUAAUGAAAUCUUCGUUGGCAAGGUACUGUCCUUUCUUUUUUCAAGCUUUGAAACAGCUUCCAAGAGAAAAAGUUCAAUUGGCUACAAAAUUUGGUACUUUUAUGUUGAACGGCGUUACAGUUGGGCACCGUGUGGAUGUUUUAGUGCCAAUUGAGGAUACUAUGGAGGAGCUUAAGAAGCUGGUAAAUGAAGGAAAGAUAAGAUACAUUGGUCUAUCAGAAGCCAGUGUUGACACAAUAAGUAGAGCUCAUGCUGUUCAUCCCAUCACUGCUGUACAAAUGGAGUACUCUCUGUGGAGUCGAGAAAUCGAAAACGAAAUAAUUCCACUUUGCAGGAAGCUUGGAAUUGGGAUCGUGUCAUAUAGCCCGCUUGGUCGUGGGCUCUUUGGUGGGAAGGCAGUUGUAGAGAGCUUGCCUGCAGACUGUUUGUUGUCUAAACAUCCAAGGUUCAAUGGGGAGAACUUGGAAAAGAACAAACUUUUGUACAGUAAACUUGCCAGCCACCCUUGCUGCAAAGCAUGCAUGCACUGCUCCACAAUUAGCUCUGGCGUGGCUUCUCCACCAUGGAAAUGA